CAUGGAUUACUACAGAAAAUAUGCAGCUGUCAUUCUGGCCAUACUCUCUGUGUUUCUGCAUAGUCUCCAUUCUUUUCCUGAUGGAGAGUUUACAAUGCAGGGGUGCCCAGAAUGCAAGCUAAAGGAAAACAAAUACUUCUCCAAGUUGGGUGCCCCAAUUUAUCAAUGCAUGGGCUGCUGCUUCUCCAGAGCAUACCCCACUCCAGCAAGGUCCAAGAAGACAAUGUUGGUCCCAAAGAACAUCACCUCAGAAGCCACAUGCUGUGUGGCCAAAGCCUUUACCAAGGCCACGGUAAUGGGAAAUGCCAAAGUGGAGAAUCACACAGAGUGCCACUGCAGUACUUGUUAUUAUCACAAAUCUUAAAUAUUUUGCAAAGUGCGUGUUGAUGACGGCUGAUUUCCUGGAAUGAAAAAUUAAUUUUUUCAGCGUUUAUGGCCUUGUGAGAUAAAGCCCUCUUUUCCUCACUAAACGACUUUGGCAUGCUUCAAGGAUGCGCUGCGGCUUUGUUGCCUGUCUCUUUAUCCUACAGUAUAAUCAGAAGUCUAGUUCCUUUCAUUUGGAGUGUAAUACAGCAUUUAGUGUGACCAUAAAAAGCUGGUUCCUCUGGAAAUAAAGCCUUUCAAAUCAUCA